AUGGCUGAAACCAUUCUAAUCCCUGUCGCCAAACAAAUCCUUGGCAAGGCAGCUGACUUAGCCUUGGAGCAGGUUGGACUCUUGUGGAAUUUCAGACGUGAGCUUCAGAAACUGAAGGACACCAUCUCCAGAAUCCAGGCCGUGCUUCGUGAUGCAGAAGAGAAGCAGCACCACAAUCAUCAAGUGAAAGAUUGGCUUGAGAAGCUCUCUGAUAUCAUGUAUGAUGCUGAGGACAUGCUCGAUGAUAUUGCUACUGAGGCUCGCAAGAAAGCCAUUCUAGCAGCAGCAGCAGCAGCAGCUAAUGGUGAUGGUGACAGGAGAAGAACGACAACAACUAAUUGUUGGAGUUUGGUCUGCUUUCUGUUCUCCUCACUUCCCAAACAAUUGGCGUACGAUCUUAAGAUGGCUCAUGCUAUCAAGGCUAUUAGGAUGAAGCUUGAUGAUAUAUCGAAAGACAAGGAUAGCUUACAGCUGGAGGUUCGUACUGAGGAAGCUCCUCCUUCCAGAGAGACUGAUUCUUGCCCACCCAAAAUCGUGGUUGGGAGGGAAGAUGACAAGAAGAAUGUCAUUCAGCUUCUUCUGAAUUCCAAUCGUGAAGCCAACAUUUCCGUCAUCCCCAUUGUUGGCAUGGGUGGGCUGGGGAAGACCACUCUUUCUCAACUUAUAUUUGAUGACGCCCAAGUUCAAGCUUACUUUGACAUUAAAGCUUGGGUCUAUGUUUCACAGAGUUUUGAUGUCAAAUUGAUUCUUGGAAAAAUACUACGAUCAAUAGAUCAUGAAAGUCAGGUGGGACCUGAGUUAGAUCAUUUGCAAGCUCAACUCCGAAAAAUUAUAGAAGGCAAAAGGUUUUUGUUUGUAUUGGACGAUGUUUGGGAGGAGACCAACCAAAGUUGGGAAGCUUUGGGAAAAUAUUUGACAGUUGGUGCUCUUGGAAGCAAAGUGAUGUUAACUACUCGAUCCACAAAAGUGGCGGAGGUUGGAGCCGGAGCUCUAAACUCGGAAAUAAGUAUUACCAUCGUGGCUCCUUAUCAGUUGAGAGGCUUGUCAGAAGAAGAGUGUUGGAAUUUAUUGGUGAAAAAAUAA